CACAAAAAUGGAGCCCAAGAAGUCCUCCGCGCAGAGCCUCCCCCAGCCCCGCGCCGCCACCAAGAAGUCGCCUCCCCGCGCCGCCGCCGAUGCCGCCGCCGCCGGAGUCGAGUCGCCGUUGAGCAGCCUGUUCCAGCCGACGUCCCACGGGGUAAACGGCAAAGAGCAGGACCUGUACGCCAUCCUUUUCAAGGGCCAGAACGGGAGUGCUCAGGCUAGCAUCACAGAUGGUAAACCCCAGUGGAGUCCUGCUAAAAGUCGAACGCCAUACACCAAGGAAAACAAACACUCGCACACAUAUGACUCGGUUGGUACGUCAUCUUGCUUUGGUUCUUCUGUGCACUAUGGUGGCCGAGACUAUUAUGGCAGCUUUGCACCUAAGCAAUCCUCGGAAUACAAUGAUUACAAGUCAGCUAACAAGGAUCCAGUCACAGAUUCUCACGGCGACUGGUGGCAAGGAUCAUUUAACUACUAAGCAAGCUUGGUGUCCUCUCCCUUCUCGAACAAGGAAAUCGAAGGGGAGAUGUUGAAGCUGGUUUCCUUGAUAGUAUCGCUUACCUUACAUAGUGGCGUCACAUUCGCUCAACCUGUGGUGGCAGUAUUUGGAUGCAUCAUCACUCCUGGGCAGAUGCAGUGUGUGCCUUUACCUUUUUCUUCCAUAGUAUGUUGUGCUUUUAGCUUUGGAAAAAAUGUAAUGAACUUACAAGUACCUCAAGAGUUAGGUCUCAGCCUGCAUAAAGAGUCCCUACUCCAUUCUGCCAAAUAUAGGCAGUCUGGUCUCUGGCUCUACAUAUGAAGCAUGUUUGUCUUGUACUCUAGGAUCCUCUCUCCAGACCAGAAGUGCUGGAGAAGCAGAGAUCAUUUACAUUGUACCCGAACUGUACUCCUGGAAUUUCAUAGAAGUUUGGAAAGUGUUCUUCUCA